AUGGCAAGAAAGCAGGCACCAAUCAUUGGUGUCUCUAUCUGUACUGUUCUUCUUGGUGGAUCAAAGGCCAUCCUAGUCGUUUCGGAAUUGCCAUAUGUCUGCUCCUACGAUGCUCAGACUCGGUUCGACCUCCAAGUUUCUGCAAACCUCAAGGUUAAGGACGUUUACAACCUCCUGCUUCAGAACAACCGUCACAAGUAUGAAUUUGACUCGGAUGGCGUUGGAUGCAGGUUCUGGACGAACAGCCAGAUUGAUCUACUCCAAACGCACCGCAUUCUUGUCAAUCCCGCCGACGCCGCAGCCGCAAAGAGCGGCAUCCUUCUGCUUUGGCCGGACAGGACUCCGCUAGCACUGGACCAGGGAGCAUACUACCACUGA